AUGUUUAAAGCUAGGAAAUUAGGUCCAUAAUCGUACUUGGAUUAUCUUAGAGAUGAGAUGCCUACAGAGAGUACCACAAUAACUAAGAAGGAUCAAACUUAUUGGAAUAACAAAAACUAGUUCUUUUCCAAAAUUGCUUUUACUCAAUAGAAUCCUAAUGAGUCACGAAACAUUGGAAAAAUUGAAAACUUUAAAAAUGAAUCAUAAUUAAGACUAAAGAGGAAUGAAUAUAAGAGAACUAUAUUAGAAAUUAAAAGUAGAUAGAAGCAAUCUUAGACAAGUAAAUAUGUUGUAUCAGAUGAGGAUUUAAAUUUGCCUCUUUUUCAAAGGCCCCCUGCAUAUUUAGACAAUUAAACUGACAAUUAUUGGAACCAUUUAGAACUACUUGACAAGAAACAUUUAAAAUAAGUUUAUGGACCUAAAACCUUUUAAAGACAAAGAUAAGCAAUAAAUUAAAUUGAUAAAAACUUUCAAGCAGAUAUAGAACUUCAGCAGAUGAAAUUACAAGCAUAAUUUGAUUUUAGAAAUAGAUUGUUAAACCAUCGAUCUUUGUAGGCAUCUAAAGGAAAUGUUAAAGCCUUAGAACUAAGUUAUUUAAGAUAGGUUAGGCCAGAGUAUAAAGGAUUGGUAUUAUUAAAUAUGACUACGAUUGAAUAAUAAUAUUUAUGCCCUACUUUAUAUUAACAUGUGGAAAAAUAUGAUAUUUCAGCUAGUAUGUAAACGAAAAAAAAGUAAUAAUAAUAAAAAAAUGCCAGAUCAAGAAGUUUGAAUACUUAAUAAUCUGAAAUUGAUGAAUCCUCUUGUAAUCAAAAAGAGUAUGAGGAGAUGAAAGAAACAAUACAGAAAUUUGAGAUCAAAUUAAAAGAGAAAUGCCAAUUUUUGUAAAGAUGA